CGCAAAUAAAACAUAAAUAAAACAUAAAGAAAGAAGAAAAAAUCUAGAAAGAUAGAAUAAGAAUUGACCAUCAGCGCCAUCUAUUGAAUUUAAAAGAUAUCUCUUCAAAGAAUUAUCUUUUUAAAAUUACUCAAAAGAUGACAUUGAUCAUCAAUUUUUACUCUACUUUAUCCUGUUUUGAAUGCGCAUAAUGACUAAUAAUAUUCACUUUGUUAUUAAAUCAUAUGAAGAAUAAAUAAAAGUGCUUGCAUCAUGCAUUAUGUUUUAAGGUAGAAAAUGAAAAUUUUAGAGGGAAAAGUAGUUGCAUUGGGUUCACAAGGUGUUGGUAAGACAAGUAUAAUUACGCAUUAUAUUGGAAAAUCAUGUAAUGAGCAUUUGAGUCCUACAAUUGGAGCAUCAUUUUUUACCUGUAAAUUAAAUGUGGAAAAUGCAAGAAUAAUGCUACGGGUAUGGGAUACUGCAGGACAAGAAAGAUUUAAGUCAAUGGCACCAAUGUAUUAUCGAAAUGCUAAUGCAGCUAUGUUAGUGUUUGAUUUAACUCAAUACAAUACAUUUGCAGCAAUGAAACGAUGGGUAACAGAACUUCGAAGAAAUGUAGAAGAAGUUAUGACAUUAGUCGUAAUUGGAAACAAAUCAGAUUUAACAAAAGAACGCCAAGUUGAUGCAGAAGAAGGUAGAGUUUAUGCUACAAAAAUUGGUGCAAGUUAUCAUGAAACAUCAGUUCUUAAAAAUGAAGGAAUUAAAAAUGUAUUUCUGGCUAUUGGUAAUGGUCUUCUUAAAUUAUCUUCAACCGAAUGUGAUUCUACAUCAAUCAGAACAUAUGAAUCAACAAAAUUGAAUUGGAACAAUACAGAUAUGUUAUCUACACCAAUUAUCGAGGAAAGUGCUCAAAAUCUUAAUAUUGCUCAUGGAAUGCAAGAAAGACCAUAUGCAUGUUGCUAGUCUUUGAUUUUUUAUUUUGAUUUCUAAAAUAUGAAAUGAUAAAAUUUGUAUUGUUUUUUAAUAAUUAUUUGAGAUAAAAUCUAAAUCUUUCUUUUAUGUAAAUAUGCACAAACAUAAAUGCGAGCAUUCUUAUUGAUUCAAAGAAAUAUAUCUAUUAAUUUUUUUGUUAUAAAUUUUGAUUUCAUAUAUGUUAGCAUUUCUAAUAAGUUUUUAAAAAAAAUAAAAAAUAUUUUAUGCUUUAACUGCCAUAUUGAAUGCUAUUAUAAGAUAAAUGUUUAUAUAUUGCCAUUAAUAAUGAUAUUUAUUAUUAUCAAAUUAAAUUGUACAUGCUAUUUAUUUCUUAAUUUGAAGCCUGGUUCUAACGCUUUUAAUAUAUGAAAUUUAUUCAUUUAAUACAGUAUUAUAUAGUAUAUAUAUCUACAAUAAAGCAAAUAAAGGAAUUCUUGUGCUAAUAAGUACGGGUGAGGUGUAUCGUAAAGUGAGGUGAGUCAUUCAUUCUUUGGGCCAGGCUUCGCGAAGCGUAACGCAUCCCACAGCUUUGUUUAUGUCUAAUUUGUCUCACUUCCGUUAUAUAAGUAUUUCUUUAGUAUAUCUUCAGUUGUUAAUUCAUAAUACUGAUGAUUCAUUCUAUAAGAAUUCAUUAAAAAAAAUUAUAUUAAUAUAGAUGACGAUUUAAAAUUAUAUUAUAAUUCAAAAAUAUGUUUGAUAUUAAAAUACAAGUUUAUAUUUAUUAUUAUAUUCUUCUCCGAUCUAUUUCCGAUCAUUGAUUUAUUUUGUAUAAUUUCAUCUGUACAUAAUUAUAGACACAAAGUAAAGUUGUAUUGUAAAGUAAAAUAAUUAGUCCCAUUCAUUCUAUACGAUUAAGUUGCGUAAAGAAAGAAGCGCGCUAUUUGAACUUGCGUUAUACAUGUAACUGCACAAGAGAACAAUGUACCUACUGCGAAUGCACAUUGAAAGAAUUGCUUCGUGUCUAUGAGUGUCUAAAUCUACAAUAGAAGAAGGGAAGAAACGGACAAAGAAACGUCUCUAACGUAAUAGCGGCUUUAGUGAAUUCUCUUUGCGUUUUGUAUAAGAGAGAACUAUUGUUCGUUAGUAUUCUCAGUCAAGUUUAGAUCGUUGAAUGUUUCAGAAAUCUUAUUGGAAAACUAUUUUAAUUCAAUUAAAGUAUAUAUAUAUCUAGUGUAAGAUGUAUGAUUGCGCUCUCUGAUAUUGUUAUGAAGUUUUAUAGUAACAGUGAAUAUAAAUUCAAAAAUUCCCUAUUUUUAAACUAAAUUUUUAUUCAAUUAUUUUUUCAAAUAAUUAUAAUAAAUAAUAAAUCGAUUAGAAGAAAAAUUCAAAUUAUUGAUCAAUUAUUAAUAUUAAAAUGUUCACACUGUGUCGUAUAUCCUUGCCACUAGUGUUUCAAACUUUCAAUAUUCUUCAACAAUGUUUAUAUAUUUUAUGUCUUACGAUUGAUAAUCGUUUAACACCUAUUGUGAAUGGUAAUUCAUAUUAAUGAAUUCUAUAUUUGAAUAAGAUAUAAAAAAUAUAUAUAAAUUAUGUAAGGAUAAAGAUAAAUAUAAUAUAAAGAUAAAAAUAGAUUUUUGCUUUAGAUUGUUAUACAAGAAUAUCCAUUGGUUCUAAAUUACAAGAUAUGGACAUUGUAUUACGGAAUAAUGUUAUAAGUUUAACGGAAUGCGAAGAAUAUUGUUUAAAAAAUAAACAUGUUUGCAAUGCAUUUUCAUUCGGGUAGGAUAUUAUUAUUUCAUAUCGUCGAUAUUCAUUGAAUUUUAAAGAAUAAAUCAGAAAUUAUAGAAAAUUAUAUAUUUUUCUGUUAUUUUUAAUUUUUAAUGUUUAAUUUUUUUUUCUUCUUUUAGUGUUGGUGUGAAAGGUAAUAGUACUUGUUUGAUUAGCUCACAGAUACCGGUGUUAGAAAAUUUAGAAACUCAUCCGGAAUACGAUGUUUAUGCAAGAAAGCGACAAGAUUCAUUAUCGUGUGAUUUUGAUCGUAUAUAUAGAAAUUUUAAUCAUAAAAAUGGAAAUCAUCUAAUGAAAAUAAAUAAAUUGAUUAAAAAAGAAUUUAUGAUAAAUAACGACAAUUCUUUCUCAAAAUUAUUAUCAAAAUCAGAGCCAAUAUUAUUACCACCACACAAUACACUAUCAUUUUCAAG